AUGUUUUUUACAAUCAUUUUGGUUUUUAUAUCUUUUAUAGCUUAUAAAGUUUAUCCAAAAUUCAGAGUACCCGAAGGAAUUAAAAAUGUACCGACAUUAAGUUUCUUGAAAUUGGUUUCAGCUAUUUUUUCUAAUGGGGGUCCUGACAAACGUUGGGAAAUUACACGUAAGGUUUUGGAAAAAGAAGGCAUUGGAAAACUCUGGUUCAAUGGAGUAUGGCAUAUCAUUACAACCGAUUUGGAACUUACAAAAGAUGUAUUUUCAAAGACAGAUUUGUAUCCUAAAACAUCGCUCGAUGAAUCAAUCCCCGGAUCUUUAACGGCUAAUUACUACGGUACGAACGUAGUCUUUUCCAACGGAGAUGUUUGGAAACGUCAUCGGUAUGGUAUCACUUCUCAUCGUAAAUCGAUUUCAGCAGUAAUUUAUUUCCCUUUAUUUCUUAGCCAUAUUACAAGUCCUGCGUUUAAAAGUUUACCCAUGCACGUAUUUGAUGAAACUGCUGUGAAAUUGUUGAAAGUCAUUGAAAAAGUUGAUAAUGGACCCAUAGAAGUUCAAGAUCUAAUGCAUAGACUUACCUUGGACGUUCUUGGAAGAGUUGCUUUUGGAUUUGAUUUUAAUAAUCUUGAAGAUCCAACAAACGUUUAUGUUACUACUUAUCAAGAAGUGACAGCCGAAUGUGAUAAACCUAUAUAUUUUAUCAUCCCAUUUAUUGAAUAUCUCCCGUAUUUUGAUCGUAUUGAAGCGCGUAAAAAAGUUGCAAAGAUUAAUGAAUUAUAUGAUGGACUUAUUGAAACGAAACGUAAAUCAAUGGAAACGGAAGAAUUGAGUAAAAAAAUAAACAAUAAUACCGCUGAUUUGUUAGAAUGUAUGAUACACGCUUCUAGUGAUCCAAAAUAUCCCAUGUCAGACGAAGAAAUGCGAUAUAAUCUUGCAAUGUUUAUGUUAGCUGGUCAUGAUACUACUGCUACUGCUUUGACAACCAUCUUAUAUGAUGUGCAAAGAAAAGCUCGUGAUGAAAUAUUACGCGUCCUUGGCGAUUCUUUAACUCCAACCAUAGAUCAGCAAAGAGAAUUAAAAUAUUUGAACAUGGUUAUAAAGGAAAACUUAAGAUUAUAUCCACCAGUAUGUAUUGUUCAAAAUGGUACCAGAACUUGUUUGGGGAACAACUUUUCACUUAUUGAACAAAGAGUGAUGUUGUGUGCUUUACUAAGAAAAUAUGAGGUGUCUUUACCAACAGAUAGUAUUCAUCAAGAUAAAUUACAUCUUGAUCAUUCUAGUUCUACACUUACGGGACUACAAUCAUUGCACUUAAUAUUUAAAAGAACAGAAUGA